AUGUCGGGCCUCGAAGUAGUUGGAAUCGUCGCAAGUAUCCUGCAAAUCGCGGACCUUGGAGCCAAAAUCUCCGUCAAGCUCUGCUCUUUUUACCACACCGUCAAAGACGCCAACCAGUCUAUGCAGAGUCUCUCAAGUGACGUCUCUCUCACUUGCAGUAUACUACAGCAGCUUGGAAAGGUACUCGAGAGGGAUGAGAAAACUAAGAUUUGCUCCCAACAGGCUUUCCGCACAGCUCAGGAUGUCCUAGGGGAGUGUAAAACGGUCUUUGAGGGCAUUGACAAUGCAAUGGAAAAGCAAAAGCAGGAAGGUGCAAGAAGCGCGUUUUUGCGUGGAGCAAGGAAGCUUACGGUCGCAUUCAUGGGCCCCAAUCUGGAUCUGCUCAAGAGUAACCUGGAGAGGCUCAAAUCUACCAUGUUGCUUAUGUUACAUGUGAUCAUGUACGCUGAGCAGCUUCGCCAAAGAGACGAGAAGACACAUACGGGCAACCAACGAGACUUACUCGCAACCCUGCUCGAAGAGAAAAAGGCCAACGAUACUAGGUUUACCGAACUCGCCAAGUCAAUUGAAGCAGUGAAUCUCAACAGCCCCAUCCAGACCCUGGCAGUGAAAGAUGAAUCCACAAUACAACCGAUUCAAGAGCUUGGGAAUUACUACAGCCUUGUGAGCAAGUUGCUACGGGAGAUCGACCUAUGCAAAGACAGUCUUGAGAACAGUCGUCAUCAUCGAAUGCGCAUUGGCGUUGUAAAUAUGCACUCUGCGGAAGCUGCAAUUUUGAGACAUACCUACGGCGAUAUACCAAUAAAUUUAUGGGAAGAGAGCCUUAAGUGUGGGUUGAACUCAAAAUCCCAAGUACCAGGUGAGAUCAACACGAAGCAAGGUACUGGGAACGGCCAGGGCCAUGGUAUAACUCGUCCAUCUACUUGGCGGCCGAAUAAGGUAGCCAUGCAAGAAGAACCUGCGCAGGACGCUGGUGCCCUUAUCACUAUUGUUGUCAAAACCUCGACAGCUAGAGAAUGGACGAUGACUCUCCCGGUGUCUACGUUGGUCUCGGAACUAAAGCUGAAGCUCGAAAUGACCGAACCUGAUAAGUCCGAAAGCUCCGAUGAGUUCAAGAGAGUUCCGGCCGACCAUCAAUGUCUGCUUUAUUCCGGCAGGAUCUUAAAGAAUGCCGACACACUGGGAUCUUACAAGAUUAAAGAUGCACAUACCCUUCACAUGGUACGUGCCAAGGGCAGCAACCAACAACGGCCAAUGACGAUAGCCACACCCGCUGAAAAAAUGGCAAACUAUUUUUUGAAUGAAUAUCUUUCGCAAUGGACAACGCUGUCCGGUGACGAGAUACACGCGGAGUAG